AUGACACGACUGAUACAGAUUCAAAGAGGUGAUGGCGUUGGAUUUGAUGUUGGUGAUGUUAGUUGGCAAACCUCGUGGGUUGGAUGGGGGGGGUUUAGUGUGGGUGAUCACGUGCGUGCGCCGAACAUCUAUAAAAGGCGAGCUUGCGCCGUCCGUCCUGCCUCGUCCUCCACCUCGCGCUGCUUCGACUGCCGCCCUUUUCCUCCGCUCCCUUCUCGCUCGCGUCCUCCCUCCCUCCCUCUCCCGGACCUCGUGAAAGCGCGGCUCGCUUGGAAAGAGGAGACAUCGCAGGAACCGGCCGUCCAUGCUGCACGCCGGGGGACUUCGUGUCCUGGUGAUGACACCCCAUUGGCGGCCGAGACAGAGGUGAAGGGGGGACAUGACGCCAUUCAGGACGUGUCACCAUUGACAGAUCUAGGGAACAUAAUCUUGUAUCAGCAGAAAGGAGGCGCGGUUGAUGGAGAUGAUGAAGACGGGCGAAUCCAGUGCAUUGUGCCUCCCCCGGCCAUGGUCCGGUUUGUGGACAGCACCAGGCCUCAGCUGAGACCUUGUGUGUGGGCGCCGGAAAUCCUGUUGGAGUUGGAAGUGGUGAUGCGCUGA